AUGCACGACAGCACAACCAAGCAAGCUAUAGGGAUCUGCGAGGGGACGCUUCUAAAAAGUCCGUGGGUCACCAUCCCGUGGGAGGGCCCUGAGAGCACCGGUCACUGGGGGCUCCCUGGGGGCUCCAUCGAUCCUGAGAGUGCCCCUGGGGCGGUGCCGCUUGUGGGAGUGCCCCUGGGAUGGCCUACGUCCCUGAGAGGGCCCUUGGGGCUGCGACUGCCCUUGGGAGGGUCUUUUGGGCCGCCGCCGCCCUUGGGAGGGCCCAUAGGAACAAUGCCACCUAUAGAGAGGGCCCCUGGGGGUGCUGUCGCCCUUGGUAGGGCCCCUUGGUAUGUUGUCGCCCCUGGACGGCCCCUGAGAGCGCCGCCACCCCUAAGAUGGGCCCCCGGGGGCGCUGUUGCCCCUCUAGAGGCUACUGGUAGCGCUCCUCCUCACAACCAAGCAAGGUCGCCACGGCCCCUGGGAGGGCUCCUGGGAGCACCGCAAACCAUGGGAGGGCCUCAGGGAGUGCGUUCGCCCCUGAGAGGACCCUGGGACGCCAGAGACCCUGAAAGAUGCCCUGGGGGUGCUACAGCCCCUGUCAGGGCGCCUAUUGGCUCUGCCACCUUUGGGAGGUCCCCUGGGGACGCCGGUGAUCCUGAGAGGGCACAGGGGAGUGCUGUCGCCCCUGGGAGAGUGCCUGGGGGAGCCGCCGCCCUUGAGAGGGUCCCUGGGGUCACAAAUGCUUCUAGCAGGGUCACUGGGGGCUCCCUGGGGGCAUCAUCGAUCAUGAGAGUGCCCCUGUGGCGGUGCCGCUUCUGGGAGUGCCCCUGGGAUGGCCUACGUCCCUGA